AUGGCAAUUCGUGACCAUUUCGAUGCAUUCACCGAUCAGAAUUUCAUCGUGGACAGAAACCGUUAUAAGUGCUGUUGUGGUUUGCUCUCCGUCAAGGUUGCUGGCUUGCUCUUCUUCAUCGUGGAGCUGUUUGCUCUUGGUGGUGCUUUAUCGAAUGCUAUACUGCUCGAGCAGCCAGCGAGCUGGGCCUACUUUACUGCUACGAUGGUACUCGUUGGAUGCAUGUUGGCUACACUUUUGGGAAAUCGUAAGACCGGCAAAAUCGUUCUCUACUUGCUUCCUAUUCUGGACGUAUUGGCCAUUGGCUUUUGUUUGGCUGGAAUCUUGUUUUUCAAGGGAUGGAUCAAGAGUUGUCCUUAUGUUGGAGCUGCCUUCGCCUUUUUGGGAACAAACUUCUCCAACGACGCGAAAGUGCUCAUUGGCGCAUUGAUCAUUUCCGUCCCUCUCUACAUCUGGGAAUACUUGGUGUAUUGCCUUUUGUACGUCUACUACAAGGAGAAAGCUAGCUGUGUAAACGUGGAACGUAGCAAGGUGAAAGUCACCAUGGCCCAGCAAAAUAGUGUUGCCAUGAGUACUCCAUUGAUUGCCCCUCAAGCCAAACACGUCGGUGGCCAACGUGCAUCGGGAGAUCGUUGCGUUGAAGCUGGUCCUUCACAUAAG